AUGACAACCGAAGACGACAAACCGGCGGAACCGACGACUCCCCGCCGUACCACGGCUGCCGCAAAACCAAAGAGUCCUCAUGCAACUCACAACAGAAAGAUGUCUGCGCCCGGCGGCGGCGCGACUCCUAACAGUGCGCCCGCCGCCGCCGCCGCCGGAGCUGGAGCCACUCGGCAACGAGCCGCCACCAUGAAGCCACCUCCUACCUUGCUUGGUGAUUUCCUGCUGGGCCGUCAGACGCCGGCUCGAGUUGCUGCCGAUCGGGAAAAGCUAAAACAGAAGCAAAUGACGUUGGAGCAAGUCAAGCAAGAAAUGCGCGAAACUGCCGUGCGAAAGGUCCAGGCGCCAGGCGGUGUCCACGAUCGGGUUAAGCAAUGGCAAAAGAAGAAUGCGGCGGCUGCUUCAGAUCCACUCGCGGCCCCGAGCGAGCCCAGCGAGCUCAAUAUCCAGGUGGACGAGGAAAGCGUUACAGAAGAAGACCGUAUCAGGAUAAAGAAUAAGGGUGUCAAGAACAAGCCAUCACGACUCAUCAUUGUAGAGCAGCACAAGGCAGCCGAGGCGACAGAAAAGGAUGAUCCAGGGAGUGGAGAACAGAGCAUUCCGCCUAAGAAACGGGUUGUGAGCGACACCAACUGGAUGAAGAACAAGAGGAGUCCUCCGAGAAACAAGUCGCCCAAGCCGAGCAAUGAACCUGGGCCAUCGCUACCCAAGACUUUCUCGCCACGGACAGCGCCAAACCCGCCUGUGAAGAAUAAGAUCAAGGAUUGGGCCGCUCGUGUAGAGAUGCCCGAUGAACCACAGGUCAAGCGAUAUAGUGUCUCGCGCUCGGUAGGAAGUGGAAGUGGCGAUGGGAUUCGGGUCAAAGCUAUGCGAAGUGAAGGCGACGUUUCUAGUGUCAAGUCAAGCCCGAAAUCAACGGCUAAAUCGGAAGACAUGGAAAUUGUGGUGGAAACGAGCAGGUCGCGUACUUCCAGGGCAGACACGGAUGAUGGAAUUCGCGUGAGGCCCAUGAAGAAGCUUGACCAAGAUGACGGCAUAAGGAUUGCACCCAUGAAGACAAAACUGCCAGACGAUGGCAUUCGAGUAUACUCGGGAGAUCGGAGAUCGGAGGGCGCCAGCACUGUACGAGCAACAUCACAACACAGCUCGGCAAGACGAAAGAGCCAGCCAAAGAAGUCAUCUCCAUCAGAGAAGAUUGAAGUCUAUGAGGAGUCCGAAUCCGAUGAGCCAAAAACGCCUACGAGGCGUAGUAGCCGGAGGAAGUCAUCGAAACUGUCGUCUAGGUUGACGCAAACAACUGGAGACCAAAGCCAUGCCGACACUCAUACCACACUUACCGGCGAUACCCAGACGACGAUGACGGAAGAUGUAUCAGAUAGCGAGUCGUGGACAAGUGAUCCAUCAGACGAAGACUCAGCUGUUCCAUCAAGCAUUCCCUCUAAAUUGGCUGACAUUCCGGUCGGGUACUCGGCUUUCAGUGAGCUGAAUUUGCCAAUCAAAGGAGGAGGCAGGCCAAAGACGAAGAGGACAUCCAGUUUCAAGGGCGCUACUAACGUCCUGAAGAAAGCAUUCGUCGAGAGCAAGAAAAUUCUCUCUGAACGAGCCGAGCCUCCUCCCAAACCAGUCGCCAACCAACCACGCAGCAUUGAGUCGUGGUUGAACAAGACCGUUGAUCCUUUUGUUGAAGAGGCUGCAGCCGGGACGCCAGCAGUGGAGGCCAAUGAGCAACCUGCGGAAAAGAAGCCCAACAUGGAAAGCAAGCCAGAACGGCCAUCUUCUGCAUCCAAGCGAAAGUCUACGGAAGAGCUCACAGAACUGACCUCGUCAACGUGGACAUCGACCGAGGUUACCUCGACGUCAAAGGACGAGGACAGUAUGAUCACUAGAGAUGAGGAAGUCGUCAAGUCAACUUCUCCCAAGGAGCGAGAGAAGCAUGAAUCGAAUGAUCCAGUCCCAAAUACUGGCGGUUUAAGAAGAAGCCGAGCUGUCAGAAGUACCUCGUCGCCUGCCAAACCUGUGAAAAAGGGGUUCAAGGAGAGGCUCAAGGAAGCUUUCCGUGGCGAAUCCAGCAUGUUCUAUCCCAGCGGUGCGGAUGAGCACAAGUACGAGGAUGAUGACUAUUACUAUGAAGACGACCACCGUGAGCGACGGCGCUCUUCAGGUGGAAAAUCAGACUCAAGUCACGAAGAUGAGCCGUCAAAAUCCCCAGAUCCGCCAAGGGCGGUAUCAUCAUCAUAUCCCAAGCGCCGACCACCCCCAACAAGCGGCCACCAUGAACUUUCCACGAUUAUGUCGUUGGAGUCUCUAGGAACCUCAGAGUCAGACCUCUCAUCAGUGCUUUCUGAUACAACGAUCACUCAAACUACUGCUUUUACUAAAAGCAAUGGGACUGAGCUUUCUCGAAACAGAAGCAACAAACCCGGCCUGAAGAGAAGGCUCACCAAGCAUUCUGAUCUAGUUUCAGCGCUUUCUCUGCCUGAUGAACCUAGCAAAGUUGGCAGAAGCAGAAGUUUGAAAUCGACGCGCAGUGUACGCAGGACCUCAAGCCAUCUGGACUCGGCAACGGUUGAGGGGUUAUUGCGGGAGUUUGCCCGUGAUGAGGAUCUUUAUCAGAGGGAGCUCAAAACUCUGGUUGAUGGAGUCAUCCCGGUCCUUCUCAAUCAAUUUGUGCAUGGAAACGGCUCUGUUGUGUCGGAGGAUCUAUUUUCUUCGCCAUCAAGCAAAGAUAAAGAAGGAAAUGUCGCCAAGUCCGUCGUCCAAAUGGGCAUUGCCCUGGAAAAGAUCAGGAAUGCACACAGGCGCUGCCCCUUAUCGGAUGCACACAGACUUCCUCGGUGGCUUGAAUCGACACAAUCAGUUUACGAUAAUUAUUUGGACGUUUGGCGACUUGGCUUUAGCGACUUGAUCGUCAAUCUGGCCCCAUUGUCUCUUGAUGACAACGAUUCUCUGAUCAAUGCAUUACCUCGUAAUGAACAGGGUGAUGUGAUAAAUGAAGAUGGCGAAAGAGUUGACGUGGCGCAUCUGCUGAAACGACCUCUUGUCCGCGUCAAAUGGAUCACGAGGUUCAUCAGGGGUUACCGUGCCGUCACUGGCACUGAUCAAUAUUCAGACCUGGCGGCACACUGGGAGGCGCUACAAGAAAAAGCUCGCCGUAGACAUAAGGAAGAGAGCGCCAGAGUGAUAGAUGACGAUGCCAUCAACACCGAUACCAGCCGCGUUCGAGAUCUCAAGACCUUGGAGGCCCUCGAUAAUGUCAAAAUUGACCGUUUCCGCCAGGUGUACGCAAAAGAUCUGUUUUCCCUCGAUCUGCGUCACACCAAUGGGCAAAGACUGGACUGUCAAGUUGAGCUCAUUUCUCGAGACAACCAGCUAUUCAAGUCAGACCCUGGCGACCUCCUGAUUCGAGAGGCCGGCAGCGGAGGUCGGUCAUGGCUGCUCUUCUCUCCAAUCUUGGGUGGACAAUACUCAUCAAGAAAGGGCGACCGUGAUGGCGAGCUAGUGGUCAUGGUCCGAGGAAAAUAUGACGAGUGGUUCCAGCUUCUCACCUUGACAACCGAUAACGACGAACAAGUAGAGGACUGGAUUGAUAUUCUGGGCACGAGCCCAAUGCCACCUGCAGUCUCCAAGGUCGAGCCGCGCGAGACUUCCUCUUUACCAGUGGUGGCCAAGCCUACUAUUGAAGAAGCACCACUUGGGGAAAGAAAACGACGAUACGCUCUUCAUGAUGUCCCAGCGCCACAUAGAACGGAGUCGAGCCCAGAGAUCUCAGAGAGAACAUCUCCAGGUCGUUAUCACCAGCGGACUGGAAGCGUACCUUCAACACCGAUCACGAAAACCGCUGAUAGUCCGCUAAAGUCACCAACAGUCGGCCCAUCUCCUCGAUCAAGAUCGAGGUAUGCAUCAGAACGUCGAUCACUGGCGCAAGAUGAAGAGAAGUCCCGCCCUCUUCGUGAGCACAUGCGGCCUGAUCCUCACGCUUUUGCUGAACCUCAGGCGGCGGCAAGUCCUGCACCCGAAGAGGAUACACCUCCACCACCGCCUGCCCAUCGUAGCCUGCCAUCAAAGCCAUCCAUCAGUCCUCCAGUAGACCUGGCUGCUUCAAGAAUCAAGCGACGUGGUUCUUCCCCCUUGAAGCAUGAAUACCAACCUUCGGACAGUUCAUCAUCGUCAUCGGAAUCAGACAUUGAUGAUGAGUCUGUAUCUGAUUCAUCUGAUGAUGAGUUGGAGGCAAUCGAUAUUCCAGACCCCAUGCCGGCUAUUAGCAUCAAAAAGUCACACGAGGAAGCUCCCACAGACUCUGACAUUUCGGAGAGCACACUUAGUCUCACGCCUUCGGCUUCAGCUUCCCAAGCUGGGAUACCCAAGGUUGACGGGCAGGCGCCAGCGUAUGCUUUCAAGUAUCACGCUUCAAUUUCAUACUGGGACAACAAAAGAGGAUGCUGGAAGGAUUUGUGGCCUGAUAAAUGUACCAUUAUCACAACUCCUGGUCUCAUUGAGGCAUACGCAAUCCCCGCCAUAGAUGAUGAUGACCGGCCACUGAUCGCGCUCGACCUGACGCCGCUAGUUAUGCUUCGGAACAGCACCGCCCUGGAUCUUGAGAUAAGAUCUCCAGUUCUUGAUUAUGCACAGCUAUACGCGAAGGUCGCCAAGCUCGAGACGCGUGUGUUCCGUUUCCGUACCUCUACCGUCGAGGAGCUGGAGGACAUGUAUGUCUCCGUCCAUCGCGCCCGAAUGGAUAACGCCAAGUUCAAAGCUCUGGAAGAGGAGGCUCGCAUCCGCAACUUUGGCCAAAACCAAGCUGUGGACCAAGACGGCGACAACUCAUCACGGCGUCGCAGCUGGUUCGGACGCAAGAAUAGCUACCGCGCGUCUACACGGGCACCUUCACAGUCGGCCGGAAGUACUUCGCACGCAUCUAGUGUAUCCGCAUCGUCACUGCUCAGGAGGCUGAUGGGCGGUGGUAGCCAGUCAUUUGACAUCUCCAUGUCGUCGGUCGGCAAACAAAUGCGACCCGGCUCUCGCGAGGCAUCUCUGUACACUAGCUCAUCAUCGUCGGGAACACCGCCGCGCUCGCCAUCCGUCAGCGCAGCCAACUCGGGCAGUGCGGCUAGGAUGAGCCUAACGACAAAUAAUCUAAAGAUCCGCUUGCACCUCAUGGUCAGUGCCAGCAAGUGGGAGGAUCAUGGAAACUGCCUCCUGGAAAUCACACGCCCUCCAACGGGCACGAGGCAGAACCUACGCAAGUACCAAGGCAUGGAAAAGCGCAUUAUUGUGACGCAGAUCCCGAAGAAAACCUCGGACAUCAACACGACGGUAUUGAUCCUGGAUGUGGUGCUGGGAUCACGCUGCUUCUCAAGACUGGGAAGCAGAGGCAUUCUAUUGAAUGUAUGGGAAGAAGUCGUUGACCACAACGGCACGGCAGGAGUGGUGCAAAUGGGCGGCGUGAGUAGCGGUAAUGUGAGCAAGUGGUGUUUCCAGUGCGCGAGCGUGGCAGAGGCCAGCUGGAUCUAUGGGCUGGUCACGCAAGAAGUGGUCAUUAGUUGA